UCCUUAUCCGUCUUUUUCCCCAACCUAUAUAAACCCCCAUGGCCGCUCCUCUCCCCGAAUCCCAUUCCCUUCUCUCGUCUCUCCUCCCUCUCUCUUUCGAGAUCUUUAUUUUCCUCUCCGAAACCCUAACCCUAAAUCUGAUGGAAUAUGAGCCCACCUCGUCUGUCAAGAACAAGCUCCGGUCCUCGAUCCGCUUCUCCUGCUGCUUCCGUGGGGCCGGCUGCGAGAUUCCAGUUGCCGUCGCCGCCGCCGGCGAGGAGCGGCCGCUAUCGCUGAUCCGAUCGUCGUCCGUGUGGCUGCGGUCCAAGGCGCAGGAGCUGCCGGAGAUCAAGGACCGGUGCUGUAGCCUCAUCUCGCGGAGGGGGCGGCAGCGCCGCCACUCGAGCGACUUCGGGUACGAUCCCCUGAGCUACGCCCUCAACUUCGACGAGGGGUUCGAGGAUGACGCCCUCGCCGACGAGGAGUUCCGGUACCGCAAUUUCUCCUCCCGCCUUCCGGCGUCCCCCCCGCAGCCCCCGCCGCCGUCAACGGCCGUCGGGAUCGCGUGCUAGGAUUCUCGAACCUGCUGUUUGCUUGUUCAUUUAAUUCUUCGAUCAGAUCGUGUGUUGUUUUGUGUGUAAAUAUUGGUGUACCGUUAAGUAACGAUGAGAGGAUGGAGCAUUGUGGCCUCCAUUGUUUCAUUUCUGGAAUUUUCGUCUUGCUAAUCUCAAAGCGAGCGUCGAAAUUUGAGCGUGCC